CCGAAGAAGAAGCGAACCAUCAUUCAUUUCAUCGUGCACCACCAACCCAACCCAAAGACUCAUAGCAAUUCCAUGGCGUCUCUGCUUCUCAAGGGCGUGCACAAGCGGCUGGGCCUGCCCUCCAUCUCCAUCUCCUGCUCCUCCGCCGACGCCACCAACAUCAUCGCCUCCACAGGCAGCGUCGCCGGCGUCGGCAGCAGCAGCGGCCGGGCCAUCGACCGCCACUCGCCGCGCCUCCGCGACCCACACCGAACCUCCACCUCCACCUCCAAGCCGCCCAGGCCAAGCACCAGCACCAAAGACUCGCCGUCCUCCGACAGCUCUAAGACUAAGAGGCAGCACGGCCAUGGCAACAAGAAGAAGAAGAGCACCACCGCUGCUGCUGGGACUUCAGAGAAGAGGUUGGUAAGCCCGGCGACGUCGUCCAGGUUCCUCCUCAACUCCUCCCGCCUGCAGUCCGACGACCUCGACGUCCUCGCGCUUCCCCCGCCUCCGCCGCCGUCCUUCAUCGACGUGUUCCCUGGCGGCGAAGGGAAGCCUGCGUCCUUCAUCGACGCGUUCCCCAGAGACGCCUCGCUCGCUCUUUCCUUCGCGAAGGAGGCACAGUCGCCGGCACAGCAAGCACAGUCCUCUUCCUCCUCCUCCUCUGCUUCGUCGUCCUCAGAGAUCACGGCCGUCAAAGAAGAGGAGCAGCAGGAGAAGGCAGCGGUGCUGGCGCGGUCGUCCUCCACGACGGCGGCGAGGACGACGCAGGUGGUGGUGGUGCUGCGCGUCUCGCUGCACUGCAAGGGUUGCGCGGGCAAGGUGAAGAAGCACAUCGCCAAGAUGGAGGGGGUCACCUCGAUCGACAUCGACAUCGCGAGCAAGAAGGUGACGGUGGUAGGCGACGUGACGCCGCUCGGGGUGCUCACCAGCGUCUCCAAGGUCAAGCCCGCCCAGUUCUGGCCGUCGCAACCGUGCCCGCCCCGCGCAUCCGCAUCCUUCUGAACGCGCCAACCAGUGACCUCUGCUCCGUCUCUGUGUCUGUCCACGUAGAGUCCGUCAGGCUAGCUUCGUCUUUCUUCUCUUUUUUUUUUCCUUGAUGAUGAAAGAAGAGACACGACACUGAAUUUUAUAAACGUGUAUUCUGAAUA